ACGCAACUUCCGCUGUCGUCAUCAAUCAGCGACGUCCAGGCCGCGAGUGGUCCAAGCGAAGCUUUUUAUUCGAAAAAAGAAAUGGCACCAUCACCCACCAAACGGAAGGAAGAUGAUAAAACAAAAGACAGAGGUAAAGAGAAGACUGGCACCAAGGAAGGUGAUAAGGAGAGAGGAAGAGACAAAGUGAGGAAACGCCGUAGUGCUUCCUCUGGUAGCAGCAGCAGCAGCAGGUCAAGCUCAUCAUCCAGCAGUAGCUCGGGUUCCAGCUCAGGUUCUUCAAGUGGAUCCAGCUCUUCUGGUUCCAGCCGCUCUGGAUCCUCAAGCUCUCGUUCAUCAUCCUCCUCCAGCUCCUCUGGCUCCCCAAGCCCCAGUCGCAGGCGUCAUGACAACCGCCGUCGCUCCCGCUCACCCUCCAAAACCCAGAAGAGGGGAGAUGAUAAAGACCGAAGGAAGCGAAGCCCCACCCCAAAACCAACCAAGGUUCACUUAGGAAGACUGACCAGGAACGUCACUAAGGACCAUAUCCAGGAGAUCUUUUCUACUUAUGGUAAAAUAAAGAUGAUUGACAUGCCCAUGGAUAGGCUUCACCAACACCUGUCCAAAGGCUACGCUUAUGUGGAGUUUGAGACUGCUGAGGAGGCAGCAAAGGCCCUGAAACACAUGGAUGGAGGUCAGAUUGAUGGACAGGAAAUCAGUGCAGCUGCUGUGCUGACUCAGCGGGUUCGUCUGCCACCCCGUAGAUUGUCUCCUCCUCCUCGGAGAAUGCCCCCACCACCACCAAUGUGGCGUCGCAGCCCACCACGCAUGAGGAGAAGGUCCCGCUCUCCAAGAAGGCGGUCCCCUGUACGCCGCCGCUCUCGCUCCAGAUCUCCCGGUCGUAGGCGCCACCGCUCUCGCUCCAGCUCCAACUCUUCCAGAUAAACAGCUUUCGCAUUCAGAUAUCACAUGGUUUCAUAGAUUCUGACAUCAGAUCGCCUAAAACUUUUACUUUUUUGAUGACUUCAGUGGGAAGGAAAUCAUCCUUGUUGUAGCUCUAAGUCUGCUUUGUAAAAGUCGGGGUGCUUUUUUUGUCUUUUUGUCAUAUUUUUGGCUAAGAAUAUUCUUGGAAAGUUGGCUCCCUUUUUAUGUUGUCUCCACAGCCAUCUGCCAACAUUUUGUUUGAAAUGUGACGUCUUUUUACCUUGUAUUGAUUGAGUUUUUAGACAUUGUGAAAAAUAAAAAUGCAUAACAUUCAA